AUGGAAAAUAUGCCCAAACCUAUCGAAGUAAAGAACAUCCUGAAAAUGAGUCUAGAGAAGUCUAUUCUGGAAGAAACCAAGGAACAAGAUAUCACCAGAUGCCACAGCAUUCGUUAUAAGAUUGAUCCAGGAAAAAGAGAAAUUAAGCCAUUGGAUUCAGACUCUAAAAAAGUUCCAAAAAAUAGUCAACUUUGGUUUCAGUUCAGCUUCCUUAGAGAUAUGAAACUUGCUAAAAAUUUAAAGCAUCUCAAGUUCUUUGAUAUAAAUAGGAUUACUUUUUAUAGUGGUGAUUCUAAAAAUAGGCAUAUUGUAGAUUUCUUAGAAUCCUCAUUCCCAGAUAAAACUAAUCGUCUCUUUUUUCGCUCCAAUAAUAUAAUGGAUCUGAAUAGGUCUAAUUACUUAAACCAACUGAUCAAUCUUAGUUCUAAAGUUGCCCAACUAGUUGCUUUUGAUAAUUUCCGCAUUGGCUUGCCCCAGAUGAAGAGGCUGGUGGCAGCUUACAAGCAUGUCAGAGCUUUGAGAUUGGGUUAUUGCAAGUUAUCUAUUCCAAGUGUUCCUGAUCUUUCAAAAGCUCUUACAAAUUGCCAAAUCCAGGAAAUAAAUUUAGGAGGAUCAGGAAACUUUGACAGAAGUGACUGGGAGAAUAACUUCGACCAGUUUAAGAACUUAGUUCAAGGGUUAGCAAGUUCUCCAGAUUCAAGGUUGAGUAUCAAAAAGGUAUACAUCUCUAGAUGUGGAGUAAGUCAAUAUGAAGCUGAACAAAUCUUUGAUGAAAACCAAUUUGGAGAUGUUAAAAUAAUCGAUGGAUAA